AUGUCACAGGAAGCACACACCACCAAGAAGCGCAGAAUCCAUGCAUCACAGCUGGAGCCACAGCCCUCUUUCUUGGAAGACCUGGAGCAACUUCAGGAGACUAACCAGGCUACCAAAGUGGAUGAUCCUUCGGUGCUCUGGCCAAGACCAACUUGCAACAAGCUCAACGCUACAACGGAUGCAUUGGCCUUUGUCGACCUUCGCGCUAACAUGUGGUAUGACUUUCAAAUUCUAGUGUUCCAGCAGAUCGAAGCAGAUGAGUACAUGGACGCGGCAUCUCACACUCCCGUCGUCCGCUUCUACGGUAUCACAGAAGCCGGGAAUAGCGUCAUUUGCCAUGUUACCGGAUUCUUGCCAUACUUCUAUGUGCCAACACCCAUCGGGUUCAAGUUAGAGAACAUCCCAGCAUUCAAGACUGCAUUGGAGACGGCAAUGGAGAAGGGAAACACCAUUGUCAAGAUCGAGUGGAGUUUCAAAGAGUCGAUCUACGGAUACCAUGGAGGCGAGAAGAUCCCAUUCUUGAAGAUCACUCUCAAGGACCCCAGGAACAUUGCGGCAGCAAAGCGUGCCAUAGAGCGAGGCAUUUCGUUCGCCGGAUUCACCGACUUUACCGAACAGACAUAUGAGAGCAACCUGGCAUAUCUUCUGCGCUUCAUGAUCGAUUGUCAUAUUAAAGGAGCAAACUGGAUUGAGCUGCCCGCAGGAUCAUACCAGAACAGGAACGACAGCAACUCUAAUGCCCAGAUCAACGUUCAAGUCAACUACGAGAAGAUCGUCAGUCACCAACCUGAAGGAGAGUGGUCCAAGAUUGCUCCCCUCAGGAUCUUGAGUUUCGAUAUUGAGUGCGCUGGUCGCAAGGGUAUCUUCCCCGAGGCCAAGAUCGACCCUGUCAUCCAGAUCGCGUCCAUGGUCACUGUUCAAGGAGAGUCCAAGCCAUUCAUCCGGAACGUUAUGGUCCUCAACACUUGCUCGCACAUUGUCGGCACCCACACCAUGUCGUUCGACCAGGAGGAUAAAAUGCUGGCUGCAUGGAGCGACUUUGUCAGGAAGGUCGAUCCCGAUGUUGUUAUUGGCUACAACACCGCCAACUUCGAUUUCCCAUACCUUCUGGACCGUGCCAAACAUCUAGGAGUUCUCAAGUUUCCCUUCCUCGGACGCCUCAGUGACAUCAGGACAGAGAUUAAAGACACAAAGUUCUCGUCAAAAGCAUAUGGAAACCGCGAGAGCAAGUCGAUCAACAUGGAAGGUCGUCUUCAGCUCGAUAUGCUUCAGGUCAUGCAGCGCGAUUACAAGUUGCGAUCCUAUACUCUGAACUCCGUCUGUGCCGAGUUUUUAGGUGAGCAAAAAGAGGAUGUGCAUCACUCGAUCAUUACGGAGCUUCAAAACGGAAACGAGGAAACCCGUCGACGUCUAGCGAUUUACUGUUUGAAGGAUGCAUACCUUCCACAACGACUCAUGGACAAGCUGAUGUGUCUCAUCAACUACAUCGAAAUGGCAAGAGUAACAGGAGUGCCUUUUAAUUACCUUUUGGCCCGUGGUCAGCAAAUCAAGGUCGUCUCUCAGCUAUUCCGUAAAGCUCUCGAGAAGGACUUUGUUAUCCCUGCCGUGCAUAGUCAAGGUGGAGAGGAGCAGUACGAAGGAGCUACAGUUAUUGAGCCUCGCAGAGGUUACUACGACGUGCCUAUCGCAACCCUGGAUUUCGCAUCGCUAUAUCCUUCGAUUAUGAUGGCCCACAACCUCUGCUAUACUACGCUCCUGUCCCCAAGCACAAUCCAAAAGUUCAACCUCGUCAAGGAUGUCGACUAUGUGGUCACCCCAAACAACGAUUCCUUUUUGAUGGAGAAAAAACGCAAGGGAUUGUUGCCUAUUAUUCUGACAGAUCUUCUGGAUGCGCGUAAGCGUGCCAAGGCGGAUCUCAAGAAGGAGACGGAUCCUUUCAAGCGCGCUGUGUUGGAUGGUCGUCAGUUGGCCUUGAAGAUUAGUGCCAAUUCUGUGUACGGUUUCACUGGAGCAACGGUCGGAAAGCUGCCAUGUCUUCAGAUCUCAUCGAGUGUCACAGCCUACGGUCGUGUCAUGAUUGAGAGAACCAAGCAGGAGGUUGAGUCAACAUUCACUGUUGAGAAUGGGUACACGCACACCGCCGAGGUCAUUUACGGAGAUACAGAUUCGGUCAUGGUCAAAUUUGGCGUCAAAACAUUGGAAGAGGCCAUGGAGCUCGGACGCAAAGCAGCGGAGAUUGUCACGACAAAGUUUGAGAAACCCAUCAAGCUGGAGUUCGAGAAGGUGUACUUCCCAUACCUGUUGAUCAACAAGAAGCGCUAUGCCGGUCUCUACUGGACAAGACCCGACAAGUACGACAAGAUGGAUACCAAGGGAAUUGAGACUGUCCGUCGUGACAACUGUAGAUUGGUCCAGAGUGUUAUCGAUACCUGCCUCCGAAAGAUCCUGAUUGACCGCGAUGUCAUUGGUGCCCAAGAGUACACCAAGCAGAUUAUCGCAGAUUUGUUGCAGAAUAAGGUCGAUAUGGCCCAAUUGGUCAUUACAAAGCAGCUGAGCAAGACAGAUUACGCAAACAAACAAGCACACGUGGAGUUAGCAGAGCGCAUGAAGCAGCGUGAUGCAGGUUCUGCGCCUGCGUUGGGAGAUCGUGUUGCCUAUGUUAUUAUCAAGGGUAGCAAGGGUAUGGCAGCGUAUGACAAGUCUGAGGAUCCUCUUUGGGUGCUGGAGAACAAUAUCCCGAUCGACACAAGAUACUACUUGGACAACCAGCUGUCCAAACCAUUGCUCCGUAUCUUUGAGCCUAUUCUUGGCGAGAAGGCAGAGUCUCUACUGGCUGGUGAUCACACAAGGACGAUUCAAGUGUCGACUCCUUCGGUGGGAGGAUUGAUGAAGUUUGCAGUGAGGACGGCGACGUGCCUGGGAUGCAAAACGCCGCUCAAGAAGGGCGAGUCUGCGGUUUGCGCCAACUGCAAGGAACGUGCGCCUGAGUUGUACCAGAAGCAACAGAACAUUGUUAACGGACUUGAGGUGCGCUUCUCACGACUCUGGACACAAUGCCAGCGAUGCCAGGGAUCGCUGCAUCAGGAGGUUCUGUGCACGAGUAAGGAUUGCCCCAUCUUCUACAUGCGCAAGAAGGUCCAGAAGGAGAUCCAGGACAGCACCGCGACCCUCGAUCGGUUCAACAACCCACUGUUCAUCAAGAACUUCAACCCAUCACAUGCAGACCUCAAAUACCACUAUAUCGCCCACACAUCAUGCGAUAUCAUGGAAGAACGAGCGGCGAUGAAGACGCAGGAUAUGUAUUUGGGAGUGCUGUUCUCGAUGGAGGACCUGUCAGUGUACGGAUACAUGACCAACACCAAGAUCAAAUUUAUCACAGUCCUCACGGUGCCAGAUGUCAUUAUCAAGGACACAGACAUGAAGAAUAUCUUCCGCAGGAUUCAUGCGGCGUAUGUGAACCAUGCCAGCAACCCAUUCUAUGAGAUUGACUCUGAGAAGAUGAUCAAGAGCAAGAAGUUUGAACAGGAGAUUGAGGCUAUCGGAAGGGGGCGUUCUCUUGAGGGCGGCAAUAGGAACUCUCUUCCAGCAGCCGCACCAUAA